UAUAUUUUAGUGUAUUCAUUUAAACAUGACAGAGUGACAUUGCCCGUAGGCUACAACAGGCAGACACUAACGCUGCCUGAAGCAAAUUAUCUCGCGUUUCCUUGACUGAUGUGACAGCACUAUAGGUGGAGCCGAGAAGGACCUUACAUAACACAACAUCUAGUCGUAUACUGCAAAAUGGCGGAGCGCAGAGAAGAUCAAGACAGCGAUGAAGACUGCUAUGAAGUGGUGGAUUUGACAGAUUAUGCAAGACGGCAUCAAUGGUGGAGCCGGGUCUUUGGACAAAAUUCCGGGCCGAUUGCAGAGAAAUAUUCAGUCACUACUCAGAUAAUGAUGGGUGGAGUAACAGGCUGGUGUGCAGGAUAUCUGUUCCAAAGGGUUGGGAAGAUUGCAGCCACAGCUGUCGGUGGUGGAUUUAUUUUACUACAGUUUGCAAAUCACAGUGGGUACGUGCAGGUUGACUGGAAGAAAGUGGAAAAAGACGUCAAUAAGGCCAAAAAGCACCUAAAGAAGAAGGCCAACAAAGCAGCACCCGAAAUCAGCAAUGUAAUUGAAGAGUCUACAGAAUUCGUGAAGAAGAAUAUUGUGCUCUCCAGCGGGUUCCUUGGAGGAUUCUUGCUUGGGCUUGCAUCGUAAAGAUUCAAGGCCUACAGGAGCUGCCAAAACAAUACCUGAUAAUAGUAACUGUGAAGCUUUUUUUUCUGUUCACGAGGAGGAAGGGAGAGUCUGUGAACAAUAAUGCUGGAGCAGGAGGAGAAGCAGCAGUACAGCCAGGACACUCCACAAUGCUUUCCUCCUCUUUACUGUGCCUCUCAAACCAGCAAGAGCCCAGGAAUCUCAUCAGUACUCUUUAAAAGAGUUGUAGAACCUGUGCAUUGUGCAGAAACAACACACACAGAUUCCGCUUUGCUCGUCGCUGCCGGGGUGAUGUUCUUUUAUUUUGCCUGGCCAAGAAAGUGUUAUAUUAUAAUCUCUUGUCAUCUCAUGUCUUUUUCCGUUUUGUAACACAAGAAACACUAAUUGGAUGUACUGUAUAGUGUCAGAAUAUUAUGUAUACUUUGUAAAUGUUAUUAUUGUUGUUUUAUUUUGUUGUUUUUUUUUGUUCGUUUUUAGUCGUUUUGCCUUUAAAAAAAAAAAAAAAAGUACAAUAUUUGUGGGGGUCAGUGCAAUCCCAGUAUGCAAUUCAAAAUAUAUUUUAAAUUUAAAGUUGUGUUUUAUAUUUUCUGUUUGAUUUAAUUCAUUAAAAAUAAUAAUAAUGGUGAA